AUGUUUUCAUCGCUAAUUUUAACAUUCUUACUUUCUAACAUAAUUGCUCUAUCUUACGAUUAUGAACCUUAAAUCAGCAAAAAAUCAUUAAGGAAUCUAGCAUUGUGCAAUUAUAAUUGUAAAUGUUCUGUAUCAUACACAUGUACUAGUUGUUCAAAUUCAAGUUAUUACUACUUUCCUGAUACAAGUGAAUGCUAUCCAUCUUAUAUAUGCGAUUAAUAAUAUUCUAUCUUUGGCGAUGUUUAUACUCUAGACCCUGCAAAUAAAGUAUGCUGUAUAAACAACUGUGCAACAUGUAAAAAUAAUGGAAAAGAAGACUAAUCUUGCUUUACUUGUUUAGCAGGUUAUUAUUUGCCAUAAUUAGGAGCUAAUACCUGUUAUUAAUGUAGUUCAUCAUGCUAUACUUGUAAUGGCCCAAACUUUAAUAAUUGUUUGAGCUGCGUUACAGGAUAAUUUUUAUAUGAAAACAAUACUUGUUAAUAAACUUGUCCUUCGAUUGGCUAUUAUAUAAGUGGUAGCACCUGUAUAAAAUGUAACUCUUCUUGUUAAACAUGUAAUGGCUAGACAAGUAACACUUGCUUAUCAUGUCCAACAGGGGUAUAUUUUUAUCCUAAUAACAACUCUUGUUAAUCAACAUGCAUAAGCGGUUAUUAUAUAAAUGGAACAAGUUGUUUAUUGUGUAACUCAAGUUGUUUAACUUGUAGUGGUCCUUCUUCAAACAAUUGCCUCUCUUGUCCAAUAGGCUAAUAUCUAUUUUAAAAUGGUACUUGCUCUUCGACUUGUAAUACUAAUAAUGGGUAUUACAUAAAUGGUACUAACUGUUUACAAUGCAAUUCAAACUGCUUAACUUGUAAUGGCUCUAACUCAAACAAUUGUCUAUCAUGUCCUUCAGGUUCAUAUUUAUUUUAGAAUAAUACAUGUUCAUCUACAUGUAAUACUAAUAACGGGUAUUAUAUAAGUAAUAAUAAAUGUUUGUUAUGUAACCAAAGUUGCUUAUCCUGUAAUGGACCUAAUUCAAAUAAUUGCCUUUCAUGCCUCUCUGGUUAAUAUUUAUAUCAGGAUAAUACUUGCUCAGCUUCUUGCAACAUAAGUAAAGGAUAUUAUAUUAACAGUACUAACUGCUUACAGUGUGAUUCAAGUUGCUUAACUUGCAGUGGCUCCUCAUCAAAUAAUUGUCUUUCGUGUAAUCCUGGUUAAUAUUUAUAUCAGAAUAAUACUUGUUCAGCUAGUUGUAACACUAGUAAUGGAUAUUAUAUUAGCAGUAAUAAUUGCUUGUUAUGCAAUUUAAGUUGUUAUACUUGUAAUGGCCCUAGUUCAAACAGUUGUCUUUCAUGUCCUUCUGGUUAAUAUUUAUUUUAGAAUAAUACCUGUUCAGCCUCUUGCUAAACUAGUAAUGGAUAUUACAUAAGUGGCACUAAUUGCUUAAAAUGUGAUUCAAGUUGUUUAACUUGCAGUGGUCCUUCAUCAAGCAAUUGUCUUUCCUGUCCAUCUGGUUAACUUUUAUUUUAGAAUAAUACUUGCUCUACUACUUGUAAUAUAAAUAAUGGGUAUUAUAUAAAUGGAACCAACUGCUUGUAAUGUAAUUCAAAUUGCUUAACAUGUAAUGGACCUAAUUCAAAUAAUUGCCUUUCAUGCCCUUCUGGUUAAUAUUUAUUUUAGAAUAAUACAUGUUCUUCUAUUUGUAAUACUAGUAAUGGAUAUUAUAUAACAAAUUAAUAAUGCUUUCUAUGCGAUAUAUCUUGCUAAACAUGUAAUGGACCAACUUCAAAAAACUGUUAAUCAUGUCCUUCUGGAUACUUUUUAUAUGCCGAUAAAUCUUGCUAACUAAGCUGUAAUACUAGUUUAGGAUAUUACUUACAAGGUAAUAACUGUCUUGUUUGUGAUUCUUCAUGCUAGUCUUGUUCAGGACCCUUAACUACUAACUGCUUAACUUGCUUUACAGGAAAUUUUUUGUAUGCUGAUAAAACAUGCAAACCUUGUAAUAUAAAUAAUAGUUACUUUAUUAGCUAAAAUUAAUGUAUAUAAUGCAGUUCAUCAUGUUAAACAUGCAACGGAGCAUUAUAAACACAAUGCUUAACAUGCAAAUCUGGUCUUUAUCUCUAUCCAGAUAAUUCUUGUUAAUAAUGCAGUAUUUUUAAUUAAUAAUUUUUAGAUUCUUAACAAAUAUGCAGAAACUGUAACCCUUCUUGCUUAACAUGUAAUGGUACAGGUUCUAACUAGUGUUUGAGCUGUCCAACUGGAUAGAAUCUAUAUCCUGAUUAAAGCUGUAAAGUAUGCAAUAUUUAAAAUAAGUAAUAUAUAGACAAUUAAGGUAUAUGUAGAUAAUGUGAUCUUUCUUGUUAAACAUGUAAUGGAUAGUAAUCAACCUAGUGUACAAGCUGUCCAACAGGAACCAAUCUAUAUCCUGAUGGCAGCUGUAAAAUUUGUAAUACUUCUAAUUAUUAAUACUUAGAUACUUAAAAUAUAUGCAGAUCUUGCGAUCCUUCUUGUUUAACGUGCAAUGGUCCUACAUUUACUUAAUGCUUAACAUGCUCAAGUGGAAAAAAUUUAUUUCCAAACAAUAGUUGCAAUAUAUGUGAUAUAAAUAAUAAAUACUAUUUAGACAAUACAUUAAUUUGUAGAUCUUGUGAUUCUACUUGCUUAACUUGUAAUGGAUAAACUCCUUAGUCAUGUACAAGCUGUCCUACAGGCACUAAUUUAUAUCCUGACAAUAGCUGUUAAAUAUGCAAUAUUACGAAUAAAUAAUACUUAGACUACUCUAAUAUUUGCAGAUCUUGUGAUCAUACUUGUUAAACGUGUAAUAAUUUUUCACCUAAAUCUUGCCUAACUUGCCCAUUAGGGACUUUCUUACAUUCAGAUUAAAGUUGUAAUACUUGUGACACAGCAAGCUAAUUUUAUUUAGACAGUUAAUAAAUAUGUAGAUAAUGUGAUCCUUCUUGUUAGACUUGCAAUGGACUAUCAUCUAAUUAAUGCUUAACAUGCCCUUAAGGAACUAAUUUAUAUCCAGACAAUAGCUGUAAAUUUUGUGACACUUCUAAGAAAUAUUAUUUGGAUAGUUCUAAUGUCUGUUAAUAAUGUGACUCUUCUUGUUAGACUUGCAAUGGUUCAACUUCAAAUUCAUGCUUGAGUUGUUCUUCCAAACCUCAGGGUGUUUAACUCUAUUUAUAUCCUGAUAACUCUUGUAAUACUUGUAAUACAACAAAUAAAUAGUACCUAGAUGCUUUAAAUAUAUGUAGAUAAUGUGAUUAAACAUGUCUAACCUGUAAUGGUCCUUCUGCUACUUAGUGUUUAUCCUGCCCAUAAGAUCUUCAGUAGAUUUGUAGAAAAUGCCAUACUUCAUGCUUUACUUGCAGUGGAUCUUCUUCUAAUUAAUGUUUAAGCUGUCCGUUAGGAACUAACUUAUAUCCUGAUAAUAGUUGCUAGGUUUGUUAAACAAAUAAUUAAUAAUUUUUAGAUUCAUCAAAUAUUUGUAGAAAAUGCAAUUCUUCUUGCUUAACUUGUAAUGGUUUGUAGUCUAAUUAGUGUUUAAGUUGUCCAAAUGGGACAAAUUUAUUCCCUGAUAAUACUUGUUAAUUUUGUAGUUUAAAUAAUAAAUAAUAUCUAGAUAUGUCUUAAAUUUGUAGAUCUUGCGAUUCAACUUGUUAAACAUGCACAGGACCUGCUAAAAAUCAAUGUUCCAGUUGCCCUUCUGGAACAAAUUUAUUUUAAGAUAAUACCUGCUCGCUAUGUAACAUAAACAACUCAUUUUACAUAGACUCAAACUCUAUUUGUAAACCAUGUGAUUCUUCAUGUAAAACAUGUAAUGGAUCUUUACCUACUUAGUGUAUAUAAUGUCCUAGUGGAAAAUAUUUAUAUCCAGACAACAGUUGCUAAGUAUGCAAUACAAAUAAUCUUUAAUUCUUAGAUUAAAAUAAUAUUUGCAGGUCUUGUGAUCUUACAUGCUAAACUUGUAAUGGGUCAACACCAAAUUCUUGUUUAACAUGUCCUGUAGGAUCUAACUUAUACCCUGAUUUUAGCUGUAAGGGUUGUAAUACAAAUAAAUAACAGUUCUUAGACUAAAAUUAGGUUUGCAGAAAUUGUGAUCCUUCAUGUUAAACGUGCAAUGGAUAGUUAGCUACUUAAUGCUUAAGUUGCCCUUCAGGUACUAAUUUAUAUCCUGAUAACAGUUGCAAAGUUUGUAAUUUAAGCAAAUAAUAAUUUUUGGACUCAAAUUAAAUAUGUAGAUCUUGUGAUCUUUCUUGCAAUACUUGCUCUGGAUAAACAACAUAGUAAUGUUUAACUUGUAAUUUAGGAAAUAAUUUGUAUCCAGAUAAUAGUUGUAAAUUUUGUGAUACUAGUAACAAAUAAUAUUUAGACUAAAAUUAAAUAUGCAGAUCUUGUGAUCCUUCUUGCCAGACAUGUAAUGGAUCUUCAGCUAAUUAAUGCUUAAGCUGCCCAUCUGGAAAAAAUUUAUAUCCAGACUUUUCAUGCAGAGUAUGUAAUGUUAAUAAUAAUAUGUAAUAUCUAGAUUAAAACAAUAUAUGCAGAAGCUGUGACUCUUCUUGCUUAACUUGUAAUGGAUCUACUCCAUAAUCAUGCUUAAGUUGCCCAUCAGGUACAAAUUUAUUUCCUGAUAACUCAUGCAAAGUUUGUGAUAUAACUAAGUAGGUUUAUUUAGAUUAAUCAAAUAUUUGUAGAAAUUGUGACCAUAGCUGUUAAACAUGUAAUGGACCUUCUAAGAAUUAGUGUCUGACAUGUCUUACAGGAACCUACCUCUAUCCAGAUAAUUCCUGUUAAUAAUGUUAAACUAAUAAUAAAUAAUAUUUAGAUAGCUCUAAUAUUUGCAGGUAAUGCGAUGCUUCGUGCCUGACUUGUAAUGGACCUAAUCCCACUUCAUGCGUUACAUGUCCGAAUAAUAAUUCACUUUUCCCAGAUUUUAGCUGUAGAUUUUGUAACAUAAACAAGUAAUUUUAUUUAGAUUCUAAUAAUAUUUGUAGAUAAUGUGAUAAUACAUGUUUAACAUGUUCAGGACCUUAAAAUACUCAAUGCUUAAGUUGUCCGAUUGGAUAAAACCUAUAUCCAAACAACUCAUUAAUCAAAUUUGUCAAUCAUGUGACAGUUCAUGUAAAACAUGCAACGGUUCAAAUAAAAAUUCCUGUUUAUCUUGCCCCUAAGGAACAACACUUUAUCCUGAUAAUUCCUGUUAAUUUUGUGAUAUUUCUAAUCAAUAUUAUAUAGAUUCAAAGAAUAUUUGCUAAAAAUGCAACAAUAGUUGCCAAACCUGUUCUGGAUAAACCGAUAAAUAAUGCUUAAGCUGUCCUGCUAAUACUUAUUUAUAUCCAGAUAAUUCUUGUAAUUCAUGCAACACUUCAAAUCGGUAUUUUGUAGACACCAAUUCAGUAUGUUAAAAAUGUGAUACCUCAUGUCUUACUUGUGAUGGAUUACUUAAAACUAACUGUACUUCCUGCUAAAACAAUUUUUAUUUAGAUACUGAUAGAAGUUAUGGCUCAUAAGUUUGUUAAUAAUGCCAUCCUUCUUGCUUAACUUGCAAUGGAUUGCUUUAAAAUAAUUGCCUAUCUUGUCAAGACGGGUUUUAUUUAAAUUCCACAAAAUAAUGCUUGCCAUGUGACUCCUCAUGCUCAACUUGUAAUGGCCCUAGUCCAUUAUAAUGCUUAAGUUGUAAAUAAGGUUGGAAUUUUUAUCCAGAUAAACUCUGUAAAUAUUGUGAUUUAUCAAAUAAGACCCCUAACAACUGACUGUUUAAAGAAUGUAAGUGUUGUUGAAUGCCCAGAUCAAUUUUAUGCAGAUUCUAAUAAUAAUUGUUAGACAUGUGGAAAUAAUUGUAAACACUGUCUAGAUAAAUAAACAUGUACAGAGUGUAUUGAAAAUUAUAGCUUUAAGAAUAGUAAUAAUAAAGAAUGCACAAUUUGCUAAGCAGAUGAAUACAAUGAUGAAAAUAAUACAUGCCAAAAGUGCAAAAUUUUAAAUUGCGAAACAUGUUAAAGAUUAAAGAUUUUACCAUUAUACUUGCUCCUAUUCAACUUAGGAAUAAUGUGA